AUGGAUAUCAUAGUCUUAACAAUUUACACGUUUAGACAGAUCGAGUUGGCAGUGCCUAAUUUACUGCGAGAACUUAUAAUUCGUACAACGCUAUUGUUGGUAUUAACCGUUUUGCAUGUUAAAUAUCAACCUGAAGCAAUCUAUAUAACAGAUGUAGAAAUGAUAAAUGAGUACAGAAAACCCAGAAGAGACUCAUACGUAUCUCCGUGGGCAAUGAUGCUAUUGAUUAUAUUUGUCCCUCUAAUAAUAUUGUCUCUUCCAGCCAUUCUUGUAAGAAAUACGGAGACCAUUCAGCCUCUACUUGGAUGGACCCUGGCUCUCUUAUUGAAUGGUAUUGUGACGGAGGCAUUGAAACUGUUUAUGUGCAGACCACGCCCGGAUUUUUUUUACCGUUGUUACCCUACAGGAAUCGUUUCAUCAGAAUUACAAUCAGGCGAUAUUCAAGAUAUCAUCGAAGGAAGGAAGUCUUUUCCGAGCGGUCACAGCAGUUUUGCGUUCUGUUCGCUCGGGUUUCUAAGUUUAUGGUUAAGAAAAAGUCUUUGUGCAACGAACGAUAAUACUAUAAGGAUAAAUAUAUUAUGUGUUACACCUUUACUGGUGGCGUUUGUGAUAGGCGUUAGCAGAUUGUGUGAUAACCAUCACCAUUUUCAAGAUGUGCUGGCUGGUUGUGUUAUUGGAACACUGAUCUCGUACAUAUGCUACACUCUAUACUCUCCCGAAAAUAGGCUCCAUAACAGAACAUCACAUAUCCAUUACGAUAUGUCAGAAAUGCAAUCGACAUCUUGA